CCCCGUCGCUGCAACACGCGACGGUGCGUUACCUCUGAUCACGUCGUCAGUUCAUCGACGCCGGUCCAUGGAGUUGGAACAGUUACGGAGCGAUGACCCUUUCCUGGGCGGAAGGGUCUCGAAAAGGGAAAGCAAGUCGCCAAUUGCACUCACGGUCACCGUCAGCGGCCAAUUGCAGUUUUCCUCCGAGCAGAUUGCGUGUAUUUGCGACGCGCUGCAGCAGGCGGGCGAGACGAGCAAGUUGACCAAUUUCCUUUGGUCCCUACCGCCAACCGAGCUGCUCAGGGGCCACGAGGCUGUGCUCAGGGCCAGGGCGUGUGUCGCCUUCCACAGGGAGGCUUUCCAGGAGCUGUAUGCUGUUCUCGAGUCAUUCUCCUUCAGUCCGAAAUAUCACGGCGAGCUGCAACAGCUCUGGUUCCGAGCGCAUUACAGGGAAGCUGAAAAGAUUAGAGGUCGCCCUCUUGGUGCUGUGGACAAAUAUAGACUCCGGAAGAAAUUCCCCCUUCCGAAGACCAUCUGGGAUGGAGAGGAGACUGUUUAUUGCUUCAAGGAGCGGUCCCGAACUGCGCUGAAAGAGUGUUACAUCCAAAAUCGGUACCCGACGCCAGAUGAGAAGAGGGCCCUGGCCAGGCGGACGGGCCUCACCCUGACGCAGGUCAGCAAUUGGUUUAAGAACAGACGACAGCGUGACAGGACGCCGCAGACGCCACCCGCGCACCACCCUGCCUCCAGAGGGGAUUUGCACCCUGGGGACAGCUUGCCGCACCUCGUGCAACACCCUAGCGUCGCUGCGAUGGCUGUUGUGGCCGCAGACUACCUGCACCAGGAGUAUGAGCGGCUGAAAAGCGAAGUGAAAAGCGAACCUGACCUGCCCUUUCAGAUCGGGCAUUUUCCACCGCAUCCGUUCGACUUGCAGCUCUGACCCUGAAGUCGGGAAACAUUUACAUCAAUACGUGCUCUUUUCCACCGAGCGGAAUCUUCAUCUGGAAAAGAGCCGAUUUCGUUCUAAUCAAAUGCAUUUACUCAAGACGGCUCUCUCUCACUAUUGUGUAAUCUGUACGGCUCAUAUUUUUAUGUACAAAUUGUUAUCUCGUCGAAUUUAUUUAAUAUAAUUCUUUGGAAAUAAAACUGAUAUCACAGUUAGCGAAAUUUUAAAA